UCGGAAGGAGAGAGGAUCCCAGGUGUCCCCUUUCUCUCAGUCAUCUCAGCCUCCUUCCACCCCUGAAGUCACGGAGCGUUCCAGGGGUAGGUGAGCCUUGCAUACAGAAUAAGUAUUCAAGAGUCCGUUCAGGACCAUGGAGAGCGCCACAGGAAGUCCUAAACCCCCACAGCCAGAUCCUCUUGAGGCCUUUCCCCAGAGGAGCCUGGAGCCAGGUGACAUCGCAGUGCUGGUCCUGUACUUCGUCUUUGUCCUGGCUGUUGGAUUAUGGUCCACAGUGAGGACGCAAAGAGACACAGUGAAAGGCUACUUCUUGGCUGGAAGGGACAUGGUGUGGUGGCCUGUGGGUGCCUCGCUAUUUGCCAGCAAUGUUGGAAGCGGACAUUUCAUUGGCCUGGCAGGGUCAGGAGCUGCUGCGGGCAUUUCUGUAGCUGCUUAUGAAUUUAAUGGCUUAUUCUUUGUCCUGAUGUUGUCCUGGAUCUUCCUCCCUAUCUAUAUUGCUGGCCAGGUCAACACGAUGCCAGAAUACCUAAGGAAACGCUUUGGUGGCAACAGGAUUCCCAUCAUUUUGGCUGUGCUCUACCUGUUUAUAUACAUCUUCACCAAGAUCUCGGUGGAUAUGUAUGCAGGUGCCAUCUUUAUUCAGCAGUCUUUGCACCUGGACCUCUACCUGGCUAUAGUAGGGCUGUUGGCCAUUACAGCUGUAUACACUAUUGCAGGUGGCCUGGCUGCUGUGAUCUACACGGAUGCGGUGCAGACUAUGAUCAUGCUGAUAGGAGCACUCAUCCUCAUGGGUUACAGUUUUGCUGAAGUUGGAGGGAUGGAAGGCUUGAAGGAGAAGUACUUCUUAGCCCUGGCUAGCAACCGGACUGAAAAUAGCAGCUGUGGACUGCCUCGAGAAGAUGCCUUCCAUAUUUUCCGAGACCCAGUAACCUCUGAUCUUCCAUGGCCUGGAAUCUUGUUUGGAAUGUCCACCCCUUCCCUCUGGUACUGGUGCACGGAUCAGGUGAUUGUUCAGCGGACCCUGGCUGCCAAGAACCUGUCCCAUGCCAAAGGAGGCUCUCUGUUGGCUGCAUACCUGAAGGUGCUUCCCCUUUUCAUGAUGGUGUUCCCUGGAAUGAUCAGCCGUGUUCUCUUCCCAGACCAGGUGGCUUGUGCAAAUCCAGAAAUCUGCCAGAAGGUCUGUAGCAACCCUUCCGGCUGUUCUGACAUUGCAUAUCCCAAACUUGUGCUGGAACUCCUGCCCACAGGGCUCCGUGGGCUCAUGAUGGCUGUGAUGGUAGCGGCGCUCAUGUCCUCCCUCACCUCCAUCUUUAACAGUGCCAGCAUCAUCUUCACCAUGGACAUCUGGAAUCAUAUCCGACCUCGGGCGUCUGAAAGAGAGCUUAUGAUUGUGGGAAGGGUGUUUGUGUUGUUGCUGGUGUUGGUCUCCAUCCUCUGGAUCCCCGUGGUUCAAGCCAGCCAAGGUGGCCAACUCUUCAUUUAUAUCCAGUCCAUCAGCUCUUACCUGCAGCCUCCUGUGGCUGUGGUCUUCAUCAUGGGAUGUUUCUGGAAGCGGACCAAUGAAAAGGGUGCCUUCUCGGGUCUAACGGUGGGACUCCUCAUCGGCUUGAUUAGGCUUAUCCUGGACUUUAUUUACGAACAACCUUUGUGUGACCAGCCAGAUGAGCGCCCAGCAGUGGUGAAGAAUGUCCACUACCUCUACUUUUCCAUCAUUCUGUCUGUGGUGACCUUUAUCACGGCGUCUACUAUGAGCUGGCUCACAGAACCACCCCCCAAGGAGAUGGUCAGUCGCAUGACCUGGUUUACUCGCCAUGAUGCUGUGGUCCAGAAGGAGCAAGUGCCAACUCUAUCUCUUACCUGCCCUCAGAAUGGAACACGGGAGGGUAGCUGCACCAGCAUUCAGCUUGAGACUGAUCAAGAAAACAUGAACAAAACCCACAGAUGCGAUGGGACCCCCAAGAAGUCUAAAGUGAUGAAAGCCACCUUGUGGCUCUGUGGAUUAGAGAGCCAGGACAAGGAAGAGCCUGCGAGCCAAGUGGAACCUGCCUUGGCUUCCGUGGAGGAACCCCCCUUCGUGAAAACCGCCCUGGACAUCAAUCUCAUUCUCUGCAUUAGUGGCGCCAUCUUUCUGUGGGGCUACUUUGCUUAGUGUUGGUCAAACCCAGAGAUCUGACGUCUCAGUUUAUUUUCAGUGCCCUGAUUUUUUUUUAAUGAAAGAUAAAAAUAAAGCCUUCGCUUGUUUACCAUGA